AUGGCUCAUUUACGAUUCGAGAGUGGAAUAGAUGAAUGUCUUAAAAACCUCGAGGCGCCAAUAACGAAUGGUCCACAGUUUCGUUGGCAAAGAAAACAAGAACAACAAAACAAACGCUUCCAAUCCAGUGGUCCGUUUUCGCCUCUUCCAAGUAACUAUGGUGCUACAACUCCAUCUAAAGUUAGUCGUAAAACACCGCUAAAAAGUACCAGAACUCAGAAAACCCCGAAGAAAACCCCUAAAAAGCCUCACGACCAUUCUCCUAUGCAGCAGGGUGAUAGAUUCAUACCAAAUAGAUCUGCUACAGAUUGCGAAUGGAGUCAUUUUCAGUUGGUUCACGGUAACAAUGAUCAAGAAAAUAUCCUUGAUGCAAAAGAAGAGGAAUCUAAUAUUGUGGACAACCAACAGAAACCAAAUGACCAAUCAAAAGAAUGCAGUAGUAAAAUAUUACAUUUUAAGACUGGCGCACCGGUCAAUAAGGAAGGAUAUCAGAACAACCUACGUGUUCUAUACUGUCAAAGCAGGCCUACUGGUCCUAAGGCUAAGUCCACUAGACAUAUUCCACAAGCACCAGACAGGAUAUUGGAUGCGCCAGAAAUGCUAGAUGAUUAUUAUCUCAACCUGUUAGACUGGAGUAAUGAUAACCUGAUUGGAUUAGCUCUUGGAGGAGCGGUCUAUAUAUGGAACGCUGUUUCAGGUGAAACAAGGCACUUGCUGCAAAUGGAAGGCGAAGAGUAUGUGUCUAGUGUAUCUUGGAUCAAGACUGGAUCUAUACUAGCAGUAGGAACAUGUAAUGGACAAGUACAGUUAUGGGAUGUCGAGGGAUCAAAGUGCGUCAGGUCAAUGAGUGGUCACGCAUCUAGAGUUGGGGCGUUAUCUUGGAACUCCUACAUCUUAUCAAGUGGUUCUCGCAGUGGUGCCAUUUACCAUCAUGACGUACGUGUUGCUGAUCACCACGUUGGAACACUGCUGAAUCACACACAAGAAGUUUGUGGGCUUAGCUGGUCACUGGACGGGAAGUUGCUGGCAAGUGGUGGUAAUGAUAAUGUUGUCAAUAUUUGGCCCAUGGCAACAGGCAACAUAGAAACGAACACAGCUCCGCUCUUCUCGCUCAACCAUCAUCAAGCAGCUGUCAAGGCCUUGUCAUGGUGUCCAUGGCAGUCGAAUGUUCUAGCAAGUGGAGGGGGAACCGCUGACCGUCACAUCAGAUUCUGGAAUGCAGCUACAGGCGCAUGCCUUAAUAGCGUCGACACUAAAAGUCAGGUGUGUGCAAUACUAUGGUCAUCCGAAUACAAGGAGAUAAUAUCUGGACAUGGAUUCUCACAAAAUCAGCUUACCAUUUGGAAAUACCCCUUAAUGUCACGCGUCGCAGAGUUGACUGGUCAUACGUCACGUGUCCUACACAUGGCCAUGUCACCUGAUAUGCAACACGUGGCUUCUGUAGCUGCUGACGAGACUCUGAGGAUAUGGAAAUGCUUUGCGCACGUACAGAAGCAAAAGAAGGCUAGCCGUGGUGUGGAGGAAUCGUCUAACCUGAUGUCGAGUAUGAAAUUGAGAUAAAAAUUAGGCUGAAACCACUUUGAAAGAUAGGUGGUGUACAUUUUAGCCAAUCUGAGGUUGAGGGAAAGAUUAGGUCAAGCUGCCAG